UUGUAUUCUACGUAGUCAUGCACUUGGUCUACCUGACAGUACUCACGACCUUGUUUGGGUCGCUGGAAGGUCUAUCCGAUGGCAGCCGCCUGCCGAGGUGGGUAGUACCACUGCGAUAUCGUCUGGACAUCGUGACGCGGAUCAACCAGCCCUAUCAGCCCUUCGGCGGAACGGUUCUUAUUGACCUGCGAUCAGAGCGACCCACCAAGAAACUGGUGCUCAACUCCCGCGAUCUGGAGAUUCGCAAGCAGAAGGGCGUGAGCUUAAUGGCGAAGGGUGGCAGAUCCGUGGGGGUCAGCCAUAUAAAUUUAAGCACCCAACUCAGCCGACUGACUGUGUAUUUGAAGAGCACCCUCACGGUCAACACCACAUACACACUAAAAAUCUCAUUCACAAGUGUUUUGAGAAACGACAACAAUGGGUUCUACAGCAGCAACUACGUGGACCAGAACACCACACUCGCCCAGUGGCUGGCGGCCACCCAAUUCGAGCCGAAUCACGCUCGCGAGGCAUUUCCCUGCUUCGACGAUCCCAUUUUCAGGACCCCGUUCGGGAUCAACCUGGCCCAUCCGCAUGAGUACCGCGCCCUGUCCAACAUGCCCGUCAAGCGGACCAUCCGCCACGCCAGCCUAACCGACUUCGUGUGGACGCAGUUCGUUGAGAGCCAUCCGAUCCAGACGUACCUGGUGGCCUUCUCGAUCACCAAGUUCGAGAGGCCGGGCUUCACGUCCAAGGAGCGCCCAGGCUGUCCGAUCAGCACGUGGGCCCGUCCAGAUGCCCUGUCGCAGACGGAGUUUGCUAACAUGCUGGUGGCGCCGCUACUCUCCUUCUACGAGCUGCUCUUCAACAGCACCCUGAAGCUGAUGAAGAUCGACCUGCAGGCCCUGCCGAACUUCGCCUACCGAGCCAAUGAGAACUGGGGCCUGCCCACCUUCGCGGAGGAGGCCAUCCUGUACGACAGCGAGCUGAGUUCGAUGGCCGAUCAGCAGGGCGUGGCACGUGCGGUGGCAGUGAUGGUGGUACACCAGUGGUUCGGCAACCUGGUGUCCGUGGUCUGGUGGCACGAGGUCUGGCUGAAGAACGCCUUCGCUUUGUAUCUCUCCCGUUUUGGAGUGCACGCCCUGCGUCCGGAAUGGGACUACAAGGAGCGGCAUGCCCUGCGGCUCUACCUGGAGGUGCUCGAUCACGAUGCCCAUGUGAACACCGAUCUGGUGGCCCACAUGGUGGCCGAUGAGACGGACAUUUGGUCGGCCUACAAUGAGAUUGGUGAGCGCAAGGCCGCCGUGCUCUUCGACAUGCUGCACCGCAUCAUGGGCGAGGAGGCGUGGCUGGCGGCUGUGCGUCGCUAUCUGGUGAUUUAUGCCAAUCGAAGUGCCACCUCCUCGGAUUUCUGGGACAUCCUGCAGAUGCAGGUGGAUCGCAAUGGGCGUUUGGGCAAGGGUCUGAACAUCACCCGUACCAUGGAGUCCUGGUUGCGGCAGCCGGGAUAUCCCCUGCUCAAGGUCACCAGGAACUACAAAAACCAUUCGGCUCUGGUGCGGCAGGAUCGCUUCUUCAUCAGUCCGCAGUUCAAGCACCGGGCGGCCAAGAAUCCCUGCUGGUGGGUACCGCUAACCUACACCUGUCCCAGUUGCCUGCAGUUGGACAGCUCCACCGCCAGCCGCUGGCUCACCUGCCCGAUCUACCCCAGUCGGGGGAUUGGGGUCCCAACCGUUCUGCUGGAGAAGGUGGUAUCGUCCCCAGGGGAGUGGCUACUGCUCAAUGUCCAGCACUCGGCUCCCUUUCGCGUGAACUAUGACCUGCGCAACUGGCAGCUGCUCAACAAAACGCUCUCCGAUCCAAAGAAAUUCCGCCUCAUCCACCGUGUGCACCGAGCCCAAUUGGUCGAUGACUUGUUCAACCUGGCCUGGAGUGGCAUCAUGGACUACCCGAUGGCCCUGGGUAUUCUCGGUUAUCUCGAGCACGAGGAUGAGUACGUGGUCUGGGCUGCCACGCUGGUCAACUUCGAGCGGAUCAACAAUGUGGCCAAGAGGGAUCACAACUACCGCGUUUACAAGAGUUAUAUGCGUCUCCUGCUGGAGCGUCAGUUCAAGCGGGUACUCUCCCUGUACCUGUCCAACUCCUCCGGGAACAUGACCCACCGCCCGGUGAUCCUCCAGCUGGCCUGUCAGUACGAGGUGCCCUCCUGCGUGAGCCUGGCCCGCCGGGAGUUCGAGAAGGGGACGCCGGCGAAGGCCGGCUGGAUGACCAUUCAGGAGCGGGAGACGGUCUUCUGCACGGCGGUCAAGUUUGGAACGGAAGCGGAACGGGAAGCCGUGGAGUCGAUGUACUAUAACUCGAACUUCGCCGCCGAGCAGGAGUCCCUCCUGACCGCUCUGGCCUGUUCCCGCAACGCUUUCGCCCUGAAAAGGGUCCUCAAAUGGACCUUUGAGAGUGUGGGCAUUCGCAGGCACAACGCCAGGCGAACCUUCAAUGCGGUGGUUUCCAAUAGCGUGGGUUAUGGGCUGGCCAUGAAGUAUGUGGCCACCAACAUGCAGUACAUACGCAACUACUGCAGCAACUCCACCAACAAGAUUGUGAAUCUAUUGAGGCCGCUGGUCGAACGGCUGUCUACUGCCCAGGAACUGGACUUUUUUAGCAAUUACUUCAAGGAGAUCCUACAGGAUAUGCACGGCAUGGAUCAGAUGAUCAGGAUCCUUCUGGAGCGUGGCAGCGAUAACAUCCACUGGGAGCGCACCAAGUUCCGCUCCAUGCUUAGGGCCAUCCGGGACAUUAUCCUCUGGCGAGAUCGGGGGAACUCAGUGGGAACGCAAAUGGAUGUGCCUUGACCAGCACUGAAAUGGAGUUCAUUAAGAAUGAUUGAUUUUAAUGACCAAAUCUGAUCAA